UUAGUAGUCUAUUACAUUUAAAUUAUAAGUAUUUUUUAGUUUACCAACAAUGUUGUAAUUUCAGUGUAUCGUUGUUUAUAUUUUGGACGAUAACAGCUUUAAAAGUUAGCUUUCAACUGUAUAGGUGAUUUUCAUAGCUUGUUGUAUUCUUGUAUUUCGUUUACAUUUUGUUGAAUCACAAUUCGUUUGUUUCUUUGGUAUGUUAUAGUACAUUCAGGAUAAUUAUUUUUUGUUUAACAUCGAUAGAAAAUGGUAUUCGUUUUUGUGAAACAUUAUAUAACAUGUAAUAUCAUUGACAUUCUAUAACAAUUUUGUGAUUCUAUAUUAUAUUCAACAUUGCUUUACAAUGGAUGUUUUUAAUGGUAAACGAAAUACUCCAAAACUAAAAGACUCCAUGGGCAGAAAGCAGAAACAAGAUUCAGAAGAAGAAUCUGACUGCCCCGAUCUUGAAUAUAACUAUGGAGAUACAGAUACUCACCUCUGUGAAAUGGCAGAAUUGUAUAGUUACUCGGAAUUAGAAGAUUACCAGAUCAAUAUUCAGGAAUUUGAAGGAAUAAUGAAGGCAUUGGACUUUAAACCAUCAUGGCAUAGUUUAAGUGUAGAAAAUAAAAAUAUGGUUGCAUCUAGACUUCUUGAUUCAUUAGAAGUAUCUGACAAAACAAAACGGAUGAGUGCAGCCAGAUGUGUAUUAUACUUGUUGCAAGGAUGUUGGGCAGAAUGUCAAUCAGAUAAAGAUCAACAGUCAAAUGCCAAAGAAAAUGUACUAUUUUUAUAUAAAUUUGGUGUUUUUAAUAUAUUUGUAAAUCUGCUGAAUAUGGAAAUAGAGUCAGUGCAAUUUCAUCGAAAAACUCAAAUUAACUGUACAGAUUCUACAAAUUUAAGAAUCAUUUUGAAUGUGUUGUACACUUUUGUUGAAGUACUCAGAGUGUCAGAAUUUGAAACAGAUGUCGAAUUCAAAGAAUUUAGAGAAAAUCUAUUAUCAGAUAUAGGUUUACCUUAUACAGAAGAUCAUAUAAUAGUAAAACUAUUAGGCAUGAUAACUAAAUUUUGCAGUGGACUGGCAUCAUAUUAUCCAAUGAAAAAAGUUCUGUUAUUAUUGUGGAAGUUGAUUUUAGUUCUUCUAGGUGGAAUGGACACAUUGGCCAACUUAAAAAAUGAAUACCGUAAAAAUGUAGAAUUACCAGAACUCCAAGAAGAUCCAAUUGAAAUAAUUAAAUCAAUGCGGUCGUCUUCGCCACCACCAAGUUCCACAGAUAUGAUGAAUGCACAAAAACGUGGUACCCGCCAAAAGAGAGGCCUGAUAAAACAGAGUUCAUUAGAUGAAUCUCUUGUAGUCAUGGAUUUAUCCUAUCAAAAUGAUGAAGAUUUACAAGAUUAUGAAGAUCAACAACUAGGCAUGGAUGAUAUUUCUAGUAUGAAAAAUAUUCAAGAAAUAAAUGAUUAUAGGCCACAAACACCACCUACGCCACUUGUUAUAAAAGGCCUGCCAUGGGUACCUAAAGUUCGUCAUAAAGACUUGCAAUUUUUUUUGGAUCAAACUAGAAUUAAAUUUCUUGGUUUUAAAUUGGAUAAUGAUAUUGAGACAUUAAUUGGCUUACCUGAUCCAAUACACGAAAGUGUAGCUAUUCUCAAACAAUAUAUGUAUACUUCAUUAGCUGAUUAUCAAAUAAAAAAAGAAGAAACAAUACAAAGAAAUCCAUUAAUUAUGGGCAAUGAUGAUGUUGAGCAAACACCUGCAGAAGUUUUAUAUCAGGCAAUGUUGCCAAAUUUACCUCAGCAUAUGAUAGCAUUAUUAAAAAUAUUAUUGGCUGCAUCACCUACUUCAAAAGCUAAAAGUGAUUCAAUCAAUAUAAUUGCUGAUAUAUUACCAGUUGACGUGCCAAUGUCAUUUUCUGAGUCAGUUAAGCUGGAAACUGAUAUCAAUAGACAAAAAGAAAUUGUAGUAAAAGCUAUAAGUGGUAUACUGCUUUUACUACUGAAACAUUUUAAAGCAAAUCAUAUUUAUCAAUUUGAGUUUAUCUCUCAACAUCUAGUAUUUGCAAAUUGCAUACCUCUCGUAAUCAAAUUUCUGAAUCAAAAUCUCGUAUCUUAUGUAUCAUCUAAAAACACGAUUCCAAUAUUAGAUUUUCCAACAUGUGUUAUUGGUUAUGGACCAGACCUUUCAUUAGAUAACAUUGAAAUAGGAGAACUUCCAUUAUGUUCAUGGAGAAAUGUUUAUUCUUGUAUCAAUUUAUUAAGAGUCUUAAAUAAAAUAACAAAAUGGAAACAUUCAAGAAUCAUGAUGCUGGUCAUAUUUAAAUCUGCACCAAUAUUGAAAAAAUCAUUAAAAGUAAGACAUGCUAUGAUGCAGCUUUACAUUUUAAAACUAUUGAAAAUGCAAGCAAAAUACCUUGGCCGGGCAUGGCGAAAAUCUAAUAUGAAAACUAUGAGUACAAUAUAUCAAAAAGUUCGACACAGAUUAAAUGAUGAUUGGGCAUAUGGAAAUGAUCUUGAAGCACGCCCAACUGAUUUUCAAAUUGAAGAGCGGUUUUUGAGAUCGGCAGUUGAUAAAUUCCAUGCACGGCGAUACUCUCCACAAUAUGAUGACGAACUUACACCCAGUGAUUUUUCAAUCAAUACUGCUUUAGGAAAACCUAUUAAGUUAUCGGGUGAAUUUAAACAGCAUUACCAAAUUUGGUUGGAUCAAGAAGUGUUUCAGAAUAACAUUGAUUGGAAUGCAUUACUCACGGACUUAGAAAUUUAA